UACAGCCACGCCUCCUGUUAUUCUGAUUUUAAGAAAUAACUUAGCGCCUUAUCAUGUCUCCCGCCAUCACCACUCCAACACAGCCGUUAUCUAUCGCCGUCAUUUCAGCGGCGCGUCCUCAACGGAAGGCGGCGACGGUUAAGACCGACAAAAAGAAAGGGCAAACCAGCCUCGGCUUCGGCGGCGACAAGAAGGAAACAAAGUGGCACUGCGUGGAGGGUUGUGGGGCAUGCUGUAAGCUACAAAAGGGUCCUUCCUUUCCUUCACCUGAAGAAUUUUUCGAUGACCCUUCUGAUGUUCAGCUCUACAAAAGCUUGAUAGGACCAGAUGGAUGGUGUAUUCAUUAUGAGAAGAGUACUCGGAAAUGUUCCAUUUACCCUGAUCGUCCGUAUUUUUGCCGUGCGGAGCCAGAGGUGUUUAAAUCUUUGUUUGGAGUUAAAGAGAAGAAUUUCGACAAGGAAGCCUGCAGUUUCUGCAGGGACACGAUUAAGGCUAUUUAUGGUUCCAAUUCAGAGGAACUUUGUAAUUUCAACAGCUCAAUAAGGAAAUCUUCUAGUUAGAAUUUAUGGGUUUGGACUCGAAAUUACUCAAGGUUAUAUCAUCAUGUCAUUGCGUCCAUUGAUCAUUAUGCUGGUUGCAGUUUUCUUGUUUAUAACUUCUGAUAUAUGAUUUGUUGAGAGCAUGCAUGUACUCAACAACAGUGGAAAAAAUAGCUAUAGAUAAUGAACGUUUUUGGGAAUUAUUGAUUAUUGUCUUAUAUCUUAUUUUAGGCUAACUUAAUACCCUAUUUAGUUAAACCGACUAUUUAUUCUCUUA